AUGUUGAAAAAAAACGAAAGCCCGCCAAGCUCUUCUGAAAGUGACAACGAACGACGCAGCUCUAUUUCUGAUGUGCAGUCAAUUCCUGAUGGAGAUUCUGAUCAUUCAAUUACUAGUGGUAUUGACAACAGCGAUGACGCCAAAAUAGAAAAUAAAACAACUCUGUUGAGAGAAAGUGGUGAUGCAGCAAAAAUUUAUAAGUCUAUUUCACAAAAUUCUGAAGCACCUCUGAAUGAACCAAAAAAAAACUUGUCAAAUGGAAAAAGUAGCAUUGGUUUCGCUCUGCUUUCUCCUAAUGUUAUCGGUAACCCUUGGUCGUUUUUCAAUAGGAAUUCAGAUAAUCAGGAGUCAAGGUAUAAAAAUGAAGAAGAGGAAGAGAAGGAUAAAGAGAUGUAUCCACCCAACAACGACACAAGCAUCCAAAACGAACCUGAUGCUCCAUCUCAUGUGCAUGGAACUAAUAUGAAUACAAACGAUCGUUACCGCCCAGGUUCACCACGCAGUAAUUUGAAUAAUGAGAACGAUGGUCAAUUUACUGAGGAUGAAAGUAGACAAAAGUUUAUGAGAAAGUUUCAGAUUUUCGGUAGAAAAAAAAACAAAGAUAAGAGAAAGUCUACAGCUGCUCCAAUAGACGUAGAUGAGCUCGAGGUUGACGACGAGAAUGCUACUGUAGAAAGAGCAAGACAUUUAAUUGCAACGUUAACUAUAGGUUCUCCUGCUAUUAAUAUUCUUGCAUCUUGUUUGUUGGAAGAUGAACACGGUAUUGCAAGAUCACCACUUCUUUUAACAUUACUUGGUCUAAAAGUUAUCGACAUAUCGCCUAGCAUAAACACAAAAUUGAGAAGAUUUAAAAUUGAAUUAGAUUAUGGUGUUGGCCCUCAGAGGAUGAAAUGGUCUGUUGACAGAACUGCGAAAGAUUUGUUAUACUUGCAUUCAAAAUUCAAGUUCGAUAAUUGGAGAAAUGAUAUAGUUGGAAGUAAAAACACCGACCUUCCGAAGUAUCCUAUACCCCCACUACUUUACCGUCGUGAUAAUGCCAGGAUGAGAUCGAGGGCAGGAAAAGCAACUGGUGAUUUGCCAGAAAAUGGAGAUUUGGCAAGUGAACCACAAGGACGUGAACAUGAUUUGGAUGCGUCUAGUCAAAUUCUGCGUCAACCCGAUAAUGCGUCAAUACUCUCAAAUCACACUUUUAGAGAACAGUUUGCUCAUUUGCGUUCUCACUUAAGUAGCAUUUCAUCAUUGUCAUCCGAUGAGCCGUCGCCAGAUCAGCUUCGUAAAAGGGUCCUAAAAAAUCAAGAAUAUGUCAAAGAUGUAACGAAAUACUUGAAUGAUUUGAUUCAGCUUGUUUCCUUGAAACCCCAAUCUAACAGGCUCUUUCAGUUUUUUGAAAUUUCUCCAAUCUCAUCAUUAUUGAGCUAUGAAACUGGAUAUACGGGUAAACAGGGAGUUAUUCACAUUGGUGGUACAGCUAAGUCACAGGGAUGGAGAGUAGGUCAUUUCAAGGCUAAUGACUUAAAAAAUAUGAUUGACAGACGCUCCGAAAAAUGGUUGCUAAUUCGAAAUUCCUACGUAAUGUACGUGUCGGAUAUUAACUCAACAUCCCCUUUAGAAGUAUUUUUGGUGGAUUCAAGUUUUAAAAUAAAUUUUCGCCGUGAUGAUAUUACCUUCAAAGAUGAUGAUGAAUCCGACUAUGAUGAUUCAUCUUUAAUUCAAAAGAAAAUUGCUCAUAUUGAAGAUAGCGAUGUCCCUAGCAAAAACGUCUUUAAACAUUUAAAAAUCACUUUGGAAAACUCCGAAAGAAAGUUAGUAUUAAUUCCAAAGUCACUGAAAGAACAAAAAUUAUGGAUUCAGUCUUUAAACCAGAUGAAAAAUUCUUCAAUUUGGUCAGAGAAAAAUCGCUUUGAUUCUUUCGCGCCAAUAAGACACGAUUGCUUUGCUCAAUGGUUUGUUGAUGGUAGGGAUUACUUUUGGGCUGUGUCUUCAGCGAUUGAAAUGGCCAAAGAUGUGGUUUUCAUUCAUGACUGGUGGCUUUCCCCAGAGCUAUAUCUUAGAAGACCUGCCAAUGGAAAUCAACAAUGGAGAAUUGAUAGACUUCUUCAAAGAAAGGCCCAGCAAGGCGUUAAGAUAUUUGUCAUCAUUUAUAGAAAUGUGGGCACAACAGUUGCCACAGAUUCAUUGUAUACGAAGCAUUCACUUUUAUCUUUAAACGAGGAGAACAUACAUGUUAUUAGAUCUCCGAAUCAGCUUUUGCAAAACACCUAUUUCUGGGCUCAUCACGAGAAGCUUUGUGUCGUUGACCAAACCAUUGCAUUCGUUGGAGGCAUCGAUUUAUGCUAUGGAAGAUUUGACACGCCUGACCACGUUUUGGUUGAUGAUUCAAAGAUUAAUUUUACCUCAUUAGAUCCUAAUGAAAGGUUCACUAAUGAAGAGUUUAUUAAGUUUCAAACUUUUCCGGGCAAGGAUUAUUCUAAUCCAAGAGUAAAAGACUUUUCCUCGCUAGAUAAACCAUAUGAGUCUAUGUAUGACAGAAAUGCUGUCCCCCGCAUGCCGUGGCACGAUGUACAUAUGGUGACUUCGGGAAAAGUCGCCAGAGAUUUGGCCAGGCACUUCGUUCAGAGGUGGAAUUAUUUGAUUCGUCAGAAGAGACCUAGUAGGUUUACUCCGUUGUUGAUUCCUCCUCCUGAUAUGACUGACGCGGAAGUCAAGGAACUAGGUCUAGAAGGUACAUGUCAAAUUCAGCUUCUUAGAUCUUCUGGAAAUUGGUCUUUGGGUCUAAAACAUCAUGAACAAAGUAUUCAAAAUGCAUACUUGAAGCUUAUAGAGACGUCUGAACACUUUGUUUAUAUUGAGAACCAAUUCUUUGUCACAUCAUGUUUCAUAGAUGGCAACGAAAUACAUAACAGAAUAGGUGACGCUUUGGUCGAUCGAAUCAUAAGGGCUUAUAAUGAAGGUACUGAUUGGAGAGCUGUUAUUGUCAUACCGUUAAUGCCUGGAUUUGAAUCUCAAGUCGACGAGCCGGAUGGUUCAUCAGUCCGUGUAAUCAUGCAAUGCCAGUUCAUGUCCAUUUCAAGAGGCUCAACUUCGAUCUUUGCCAAACUCAGAAAGUACGGCAUCGAACCAGAUGACUAUAUUCAGUUUUUUUCACUUAGGAAGUGGGGACGAGUGGGCCCUCAGAGGACACUUGUCACAGAGCAAUUAUAUGUUCAUGCUAAGACUAUGGUGGUUGAUGACAGGGCUGCGAUUAUUGGAAGUGCAAAUAUCAAUGAGCGUUCUAUGAGAGGAAUCAGAGACUCAGAGGUUGCAGUAGUUGUUCAGGAUAAGGAAACUAUAGCAACCACUAUGGGUGGUGAAUCCUAUCUAGCUGGCAAGUUUGCUCAUACUUUAAGAAUGAGGCUAAUGAGAGAGCAUUUGGGAGUCAGCGUUGAUAUUCUUGAUAUUGUGGAGAGAAGAUUUUGGAGAUUUGAAUCUUUUGCCAGAACUGAAAAGGGUUUAAUAGCUGCCACGAGCCAUUUUAAGAAUUUUGAAAAUAUUGUAUUGUCGGCAAUGGUUGAAAUUGCGUCUAGGGACGUUUUGAAUGAACCAAAAGGGACUUUCAGAUGGAAAAAUUAUCGAAAUUCCAAAAAUUUAGAUCCUUCGGUAUUUGAUGUUCCCUUAUCUGAUAUUCAGGAACACGAAGAAGCACUGAGGGCUCCAACUCCAUUAUCGUUACCUGUAUCGUUCAAUAAUAGAACCGGGGAACAUGAAGCAAAUAAAGGCAUCAGAGAUAAGAAGAAACAUUCUUUCGAUGCUAGAGUUCAACAUAACGAGAAUCACAAAAGAGAUGUUUACGGCGAUGGCUUAGAUAAAUAUAAAAGUAAACUAGCCAGGAGGGCAAGAUUUAAUAGCGGCAAGAUGCUAAAGGAAUUAGCUCACAAGGCAAUGGAGGAGCGGCCAAAUAAAGUUUUUUUGCCCGACAUUGAAACUGUUUACGAUUUCUUACAAGCUGAUGACUUUGACAUGGUGGACGAAAUGGAUGAUGAAUGUGAACGUAUUAUAAGCGAAAGAAAUAAAGAAAGAUGGCUUCUCUUAAAAAAGAUCUCUUAUUUACAACGAGUUGCUGCAAGAGAAAAAGGUGAAAAUGAAGAAGAAUCAAAGAAAAGAGUAGGAGCUGGGCUAUCACCAAAUGUCGACCUUGCUGCUAAAAAGAGCAAUGUGGAGCCAGACCCUCAUAAUGUAGUGCCUAAUACAGACUUGCAAAUGCAUAACAGUGUUCCAGUUGGUGCGUGGAAUGUGGAUUCCUCAAGCAAAUCAUUAAAUUCUUUACCGGAGAAAAAAGCUGUGGAACCCCUUUCAACUGAAACCUUUAGUGAAGAUGUUCCAAUUGUAUCUUUCAAUGAAGAAUCAGCAAGAGAAGUGAUCAAAGACAUAGAAUCCAGGGGAAUCAAGAGCUCGAGUCUGUUCGUGGAUCCCUAUUGUUUUGAAGAUCCUUUGGACGAGGAAUUCUAUGAAGACCUCUGGUAUGAGAAUGCAAGAAAAAACACUGAAUUGUUUAGAAUAGUCUUUCACACACAGCCGGAUAAUAAUGUCCAGUCUUGGAAAAACUAUAAACAGUAUUCCAAGUUGAAUAGGGCAUUCGUAAUAUCUCAACAAAGGGAAGCGAAAUAUAGACAUCGAUCUGAAGCAGAUAGUAGCUCUGAGGAGUCGGAGGAUGAAAAUGAUAACAAAUUGCACUAUAGACCAGGAUUUGAUAGCAAUAAUAGUAAAGCUACAAUCAAUAUGAAUACUUUAGACCAGGACGUUGGUCUUCUUGGACAAGUCCCCCCUGAACCCCUGAGCGAUACCAUCAAUGGAGAUCAGAAAAGUGCAUUUAAUGGUGGCCCUAAAAGGAAGUUGGUACGUGCCUUCAAUAGUAAAGAAGACACACAAGGAGAGGGUGAAGAUGGGAAGACUGAAGAUGUAGGAAAAGAAAAAGCAAAUGGUAAAGGAGAGGAUGAACUAGGUGAUAAGAUGGGUGAUGACAGUGACACGACUCAAGAAGCUAAUGAACCUCUCUCCAAUAAUGCUCGUGAAAGCACUUUAAAUGGUCCAUCUCCAAAUCUGAAUGGUCAAAUGAAUGAAACUACGUCAUCAGGAAAAAGAAGAAGGACAAGAAGAAGACCAAACUUCACUGCUAGAAGAGCUUAUAUGGGUGAAAGAAUAUUUGAACGCGAUUCUGCUGAGCGUUUGCUAAAGGAAAUUAGAGGAAACUUGGUUUUAUUUCCUGUUGACUGGUUACUGAGAGAACUUGAUGGAGGUAAUUGGUUUUACAAUACCGACAGAAUCCCGCCUAUUGAUAUAUAUGAUUAG